GCAUCCCGGCGUGCCCGCUCUUGCCGCCGCUGCCGCGGGCGGGACUCGCCGGGCGGGGGCUCGGCGGGGAAGGGGCCGGGGCGCGGCGGGAGCCCCAUUGGCUCUUCCCGGCAGCACAUGUUGCCGGCCCCGCUAUAAAGGAGACCGCAGCCUUGCUGCAGCCCGUCCUUCUGUCUCCGCGCUUUUCCAGGGACGUCGCCAGCUCCAGCGCCGCCGCCAUGGCUAUCGACCCGUUUUUAGGCAAAUGGUGCCUCAUCUCCAGCGAAGGCUUCGAAGAGUACAUGAAGGAGCUGGGUGUGGGUAUGGCCAUGAGAAAAAUGGGAAGCAUGGCCAAACCAGAUGUUUACAUUAUUAAGGACGGGGACACAAUCACCAUGAAAACAGAAAGCACCUUCAAAACUUCACAGGUCAGCUUCAAGCUUGGUGAGAAAUUUGAAGAAAAUACAUUAGAUGGCAGGAAAACUCAGACCCUUGUCAGCUUAAAAGAUGAUGGGUCAUUGAUUCAGGAGCAGGAAUGGGAUGGCAAGAAGACCAUAAUAACAAGGAAGCUAGUGGAUGGACAGUUGGUGGUGGAAUGUGACAUGAAUGGUGUCAAGUGUGUUAGAGUCUACCAGAAAGCAUGAGGACAUCAUCUGGUUCAAUGGGAACUUACUGCAAACAACUCGGUUCAGUGGACAGAGCUCCUUUUCACUCCAUGUUUUCCUUUUCCCUGUUUUCUAGUAUUUCAAUGGACUGAGUAGCUGAGUGCAAUUCUUUUUAAAAGCCGUGAUGUAACUAUUAUGUAACUAUUAUGAACUCAUGAGGCUAUUAAAUAAAAUUGUCAAAUAUAUGAAGUGAAAA